AUUUGAUUAGCAUUUGUGGCUGCCUACUGUUACUGUCCUAACCUCUCUUUUACAUCAAAAUGUUAGAAACUGAAAAUUUAAAGCUAUUUGAGUAUCAGGUCUUAAAUGGUACAAUAACUACAUACAUAAACAUUCCCUACGAAGGAUCAAUUGAAGAAUUAGCUCAUGUGCUAAUUUUGAAUGAAAAACUGCCAAAAUAUAUGGCAAAGGAUUUAAUUAAAUCUCUUUCACAAUUUAUUGAGAAACACACUAUUAUAUUAGAGGAUGAGCAUAUUACUAAGUUAUUGUUGAAUGGAAAGGAAAGUACUGAUUUUGAGGAUGUCACCAAAGAAUGGGAAAAGUUAAUAAAGGAAGAAAUGGCUGAAUAUGGUGAGCAGAGAUGUGCCUCAGAUGAAGAGCUUUUUGCCACAGCUUAUCAUAAAAUGGUGCAUUCAAGAGCUCUAGAAACAAUGCUACAAUUGGAACAUAUGUAUGCUAAAAUUGUAAGGAAAAGGUGCGAAGAAAAGAACAGGCAAAUUAAUGAUAUGUCGGAGAAGCAAACAUUGGAAAUGAAUAAAGCAUUGGAACAUCUCGAAGAGGAUAUGGCGGAGAUGAAAAUAAACCAGUUAGUUUCACAACAAUUUGAAGACCAAUCGUUUUUACAAAUACAACUAACCAGUGAGUUAGAUACUAUUAAAGAGGCUCAGAGGAGAGAGUACAGGGAAUGGUUGAUGCAAAUGCUUGAAGAAAAUCAAGCAAACAGCUCACUGCCUACACCCAACUCUCCACUUUCCCCACCUCCGAUACCAAUACCAGCCAUGAUGCCUUAUACAGAUAAUAGUAUCAAUCCAAUACUGGAAGAAAGUUUUACCAUACAUUUAGGGUCUCAGCUAAAGCAAAUGCACAAUAUAAGAAUAUUGUCUUCUAAUGUCAUGGAUUUAUGUGCAAUAAUUGAUAGUGAAUGUUCUGAACCAAUGCCGCAGACACUCCAAACAGCAUUAAAUUUAUAUUCAAAUGAUCUACAUGGUCUUGUUCUGAUGGCUGAUAACAUUAUAGGAUCUAGGGCCAUAAAAGAAUUUAAGGAUAUUUGCCAAAGUUCGACUGAGUUCCAUUUCAAUAAUAUUGAAGACCAAUUAGACAAAAUAAUCUCGUUACAGAAUGAAUUCAAACGGUCGAAAGGGACUGCCGAUCAACGCAAGAGCACCAAACAUCUGCAACCUGGGGAUUUUUAUAUGACAAAACACUCGAAUUUGUCUCAGUCGCAUGUGAUUUUUCACAUAAUUGUGGACGAUUCUGUAAAGUGCAACGAUAUAAACAGCAGACAUCCAGUCGUGCUAGGUUUACGAAAUAUUUUAAAAGUCGCUUGUUCUAAUGAUGUUACCUCUUUAACCAUUCCGCUUUUACUUAACUAUGAAAUGACAGAGGAAAUGACUAUCUCCUGGUGUGAGAAGAGAGCCGAAUUGGUUUUCAAAUGCAUUAAGGGAUUUAUGAUAGAAAUGGCUUCGUGGGGUGGGUCAGAUCUGAAGAAUCUGCAGUUUAUGUUACCACAGGGUAUUUCUUCAGAGGUUUUUCAGUCGUUGACGGAGAUGCUGCCAAGGAUUUUCAAAGUCUCGAAUCCAUUGAUUUUAACCUAAUUAUAUUAUUUAUAUUAGCCAGUCGAAGAUAUCUCAAGUUG